CCCAUCACACUGCUGAGUCCUUACCUAACCUCACCCCCCCCCAUCACACAACCGCAAUCCCUUAGGUUAUGUUUGACCCCUGGCACACACUCAUGCAUGCAUGCACAAACACACACCGUGUCAGCACGUUGUCUGUGUGCAGGGCAGGUGGUUGUGUCUGGGAGGGCAGUGAGAGAAGCAGACCCUUCCGGCUGUCUGUUGGGGCUGAUAACACACCGAGAAGAUCAAGGUGGAUUCAGGAGGAUUAAGAGGAGGGAGGGACCGGCCCCAACCCGAGCCUAUCAGAGCCUAUCUGGACCCUACCAGACACUACAAGACCCUCUCGGGGCCCUAACAGCAGCACUCAAAGAUUAUCCACUGACUUGAGAUCCACAGAGGAGAGAGCAAACAAACGCUGGAACAGAAAGAGGAGAAAAGAGAGUUCCCCAUCACUGCAGAGAGAGAGAGAGAGAGAGAGAGAGAGAGAGAGAGAGAGAGAGAGAAAGAAAAGAAAGAGAGAGAGAGAAAGAGAAAAAGACAGACGUACGUCUGACAGUACGUGUAACGUGUUGUGUCCCAGUAUGUAUGCGUUGACGUGGGUGCUGCUGUUUGUGUGGCUGGGUGGAGGUGUGUGUGUGUGUAUGAUGGAAAACUACACGAUGCUCAUAGAGAAGAGAGGUUGUUCUCAGUGUAUCGCCGUCAACACCACCAUCUGCAGUGGCUUCUGCCACACACAGGACACCAACGUGAAGGGGCGUGUGGGUAAGAGUUACCUGAUCCAGCGUGGCUGCAUGCCCCACUCCCUGGUCUACCAUCCUGCCCGCGUGCCAGGCUGCCCUCUGCACGUCAACAACGUGCUCUACUACCCAGAGUCCCGUCGCUGUCACUGCGCACGCUGUGACGGACACGCCCACCGCUGUGUCCACAUGACCCAGGCCACACCCACCCCUUGCACCAGGAAGAUCAUUGGCACCCGCAGGACCUGGACACGCCCACCUGUCAAGAAACACAGCGACCAGGAAACCUGA